AUGGCAGCCGAAUCAGAACUUCGAAUGGUUCAUGCAGAAGCGGCUUCCCUGCAAGACGACAAAGAGGGCCCAGAGAUAUUGGAAGCAUGUCGAGUCUCCAAGCAUUGGGACCCUCCCUCAAGCCCGCACGAGUUUUCCGAAGGUGGUUUGGCAGGUUUGGCAACUGUUUUUGGAGCGUUUCUGGUACAGUUUUGCGGGUUCGGUUAUAUCACUUCAUUUGGUGUCUAUCAAGACUUUUAUACCCAACAUUACCUGACAAAUGAGACGUCGUCUGCUAUAUCAUGGAUCGGGAGCACUAGCACUUCUUUACUCAUGCUCGUGGGCCUCGUGUCAGGUUCAGUGCACGACUGA